AUGACAACGUCGCAAUUUUUCCCGGAACGAGCGGGGCAUUUCAGCUGUUUCGACCUGCGCCCUCGUGGGCAUUACGAAGUCCACGGGGACGACAUCGCUCUCCCCGUGGCAGAACAGCUCAACCAGGGAAAGCUGAGGCCUGCCCGAAUGGUUGUCGUACGACUGCUUGAGUUUGAAGCUACCAUCACUGGUAUACUGGCUAAAAUACAUGAUGCCCUGCAGUGUGAGGACCCUUUUGUCCUGACAGAUGCUCAGGGAAAUGAGAUUGUGGAUUCAGAGGGAACACGAGGUUCCAAAUACUGGAGGCAAAAUGCCAAAAAGUUUUUUGCUGUCCCAGAGCAGGUCUUCCAUCAAUUCCAGCAGGGAACAAAGGGAAAGAAACAGACGUAA